CCCGUGUCGCCCUCGAAAAGCUAUUGACCGACUAUGUCGCCUCCGAACGUUGCCUCGCACAGCUCAGAUGCUUCUCUCGAUACUCACGUCGACAUUGAGAAGCGCGGCACAAACAACCUGGAGGUAGUCGACACCAAUCUCAAUCCAGUCCCCACGCAUGACCGCGUUCCUGGGCACAACAACUACUACGAAAAGAACGGCUUGCGAACUUACGGCGAUGGACUGGACCAUGAUCAUGAAGGUCCAAUGACAACAAAACGUCUCAUGGCGCUGGUGGCCAUGGCCUUUCUCUGGACUGCUUCACAGAUUCCAGUGUAUCUGUUUGGUGGUGUCCCACCCUACAUCUACCGGGACAUUGGAGGCGCAGACCGCUGGAUUUGGUUUGUCCUGGCCAACCUUCUCUCACUCGCCGCUGUGUGCCCAUUCGUAGGGUCACUCUCUGAUCUCCUCGGCCGCCGAUAUGUUGCCUUGCUUGGAGCUUCCUUUAUUAUGUUGGGAAUGAUUAUAACUUCCACUGCACACUCUAUGAACAUUUUCAUUUGCGGCAUGACCUUUGCUGGAAUCGGCGCCGGUAUUAACGAAUUGACUGCUCUCGCUGCUACAUCGGAGCUUGCGCCGACAGCAAAACGUGGAAAAUAUGUCGCAAUUCUUGUCUUCACCAUCAUCCCGUUCUGUCCCUCGGUGCUCUGGGCCCAGCUCAUUUCUCACUACUCCACAUGGCGCUAUCUUGGCCUUCUUGCAGGUCUCUGGGCCUUCAUUGGUUUCGUUCUUACCGCAAUUUUUUAUUUCCCACCACCUCGAGUGAACAGCCAGGGUCUUUCGCGUCGUGAGAUUCUCCAUCAAAUCGAUUACGUCGGAGGCUUCCUAAGCAUUAGCGGAAUGCUUCUGUUUAUGAUGGGCAUGCAAUGGGGAGGCUACCAGUAUAAGUGGCACACAGCCCACGUCCUCGCUCCUCUCAUCCUUGGUUUCCUCCUGAUCGUCGCUUUCCUCGUCUGGGAAAUGUUCUUCGCCAAGUUCCCCAUGUUUCCCCGUCGUCUGAAUCAAGCUCCAAGAAUCUUGAUCAUGACCCUGAUCAUUACCUUCAUCUCAGGCGCCAACUUCUUUAGUAUCCUCAUGUUCUGGCCCACACAAGCCUUCAACGUCUACGGACAUGACCCCGUUGGAGUGGGCAUCCGCGGUCUUCCAGUCGGCUUUGGUAUCCUAACAGGCGCUUUCGUCGUCCUCUGGCUCCUUUCGACCUUCCGCGGCCACAAUAAGACCCUCAUGAUCAUCUCAAGUGUCUUGAUGACUGCCGGCUGCGGCGCCAUCGCCGUAGGCACCGCUGACAACCUCUACCGCCUAUGGGGUAUCCUCAUUGUAGCUUCCUUGGGAAUCGGCGGCAUCGUAGUGCCUGCCUCUAUCAUGACGACCAUCAUCUGCCCCGACGACCUCAUCGCCACCGUCGCAGCUUUGACCCUCUCUAUUCGCGUCAUCGGCGGCUCAAUCGGCUACUGCGCCUACUACAAUGUCUUCAUCAACAAGUUCGUCCCAGCCGCCACCUACUACAUCGGGGGCGUCAUGGUCACCAAACUCAACAUCACAGACCCGCAACUCAUUGGGGCAGCCAUUAAACUCACCGGCGCCAGCUUGAUCGAAGACCUCCGAACUAUCCCAGGCUUGGAGAGCGACCUCGCGUACGAAGCGGUGGUUAAGGCGGGCCAGAUGGCGUUUGCGGAGGCAUACAAAUGGGUGUAUUAUUCGAGCAUUGCGUUUGGGGGCGUGAGCAUCAUUGCGGCGUGCUUCCUGGGCGAUAUCAGUAAGUACAUGGAUGACCACAUUGCUGUGAUUAUGUGAAGGUAUGCGAGUUGGGCCUGUACAAACUUCUUGAGUUUGAGCAAGAAGAGGGAGAUACUGCACGCGGGAUACGGAGGGGAGGUAAAGGUGUCCAGUCAUCUCGACGGAUGGAAGGAUGAUACCAAUGCGGAUGCGGUACGUGUACGAUGAGAGUUGAUGACUUCGGUUUAUGCAUAUACAUAUGAAGUACGAAUUUGACGAAGAACAAGACCGAAGCUUGAGCC